GAAGAGAGGUUCUCCUUGCUGUGAACACUGAGAAGCAAUUAGGUCUGGAAUCUCUAAUGCUGACUUGAAGGGCCUUGACCGACAGGAGGAGAAGGGAGAUGGAGCCAGUGGCAGCAUUGGAGCUCAGGUCCGUGGACCUGCACAGUGCCAGGAACAACAAGGGACACCACACGCAGGAGAUGGGUGUGGAGCGACUUAUCCUGCGCCGAGGCCAGCUCUUCAGCCUCCAGCUGAGCUUCAACAGGCCCUUCCAGGCCCACCGUGACCACAUCACCUUCGUGGCUGAGACUGGCCCUGAGCCCUCAGAGCUGCUGGGGACACGAGCCACAUUCUUCCUCACGCAGGCCCAGCAUGGGGAUGUCUGGAGUGUGUCUGACUUCUCAGCUGACUCCACCUCUCUCCACGUGUCCCUCUUCACACCAGCCAGCGCGGCCAUUGGUCACUACACGCUGAGCACAGAGAUUGCUCAGGGCCAGGGCCACCGUGUGACCUACCCACUGGGCACCUUCAUCCUGCUGUUUAACCCGUGGAGCACAGAGGAUGACGUGUACCUGCCAAGUGAGACACUGCUGCAAGAGUACAUCAUGAAGGAUUAUGGCUUUGUCUACAAGGGCCAUGAAAGUCUCGUCACCUCCUGGCCCUGGAACUAUGGGCAGUUUGAAAAGGACAUCAUAGAUAUCUGCUUUGAGAUCCUGAACAAGAGCCUGUACUUCUUCAGGAACCCAGCUAAAGACUGUUCCCAGCGGAGCGACGUGGUGUAUGUGUGCAGGGUGGUGAGUGCCAUGAUCAACAGCAAUGAUGACAGUGGCGUGCUGCAGGGGAACUGGAGUGAGGACUACUCCAGGGGCACCAGCCCGCUCGAGUGGAAUGGCAGCGUGGCCAUCCUGCGGCAGUGGUCUACCCAGGGUGGAAAGCCUGUGAAGUAUGGGCAGUGCUGGGUCUUUGCCUCUGUGAUGUGCACCGUAAUGAGGUGCUUAGGUGUCCCAACCCGGGUAGUUUCCAAUUUCCGUUCUGCACACAACAUGGAUGGGAACUUGACCAUUGAUACCUACUAUGACCGAAAUGCAGCGAUGCGUCCAACUCAGAAACGAGACAAAGUAUGGAACUUCCAUGUCUGGAACGAGUGCUGGAUGACCCGGAAAGAUCUCCCUCCAGGAUACAAUGGGUGGCAGGUCCUGGACCCCACUCCCCAGCAAGCCAGCAGCGGGCUGUUUUGCUGUGGCCCUGCUUCUGUGAAGGCCAUCAGGGAAGGCGACGUCCACCUGGCCUACGACACCCCUUUUGUGUUUGCCGAGGUGAAUGCAGAUGAGGUCAUUUGGCUCUUUGAGGACGGCGAGGCCCAGGAAAUCCUGGCCCAUGACACCAGUUCCAUUGGGAAGGAGAUCAGCACCAAGAUGGUGGGGUCAGACCAGCGCCAAGACAUCACCUACUCCUACAAGUAUCCAGAAGGGUCCCCUGAGGAGCGAUCUGUAUUCAUGAAGGCGUCCCGGAGAAUGCUAGGACAGGGAAGGGCUCCCUCACCCCUCCUCGAUCUUCUGGGCUCCGGGGCCUUUAGGGCUCGGCCAGCACGGCUCCAGCUUCACCUGGCCAGGGCUCCUGUGUGGGGCCAGGACGUGUUCCUCACCCUGCAUGUCCGGAGGUUGCAGGAUGGUGCCCACCCUUGGGGUCCCCUCAGACUGGAGAUUCGGUUCUGUGCCCAGGCCCUGAUGCACGGGGGCAGCACGAGGGAGCCCCUCUGGAAGCAAACAGUAUCCCUGGACCUAGACUUUGGGAAAGAGAUACACUGGCCCCUCCUGCUGCCCUACACCAGUUAUGGAAACAAGCUGACUGAUGAGAAGCUGGUCCGAGUGUCUGGCCUCGCCAAGGUUGAAGAGACAGGGUCGUCGAUGCUGGUCCUAAAAGACUUCUCUCUGGAGCUGCCACACUUAGCUAUUGAGGUAUCCAUGACAGCCGAGGUGGGCAAGGCCCUGAGGGUCCGCAUCUCACUCACCAAUACGCUAACGGUGGCCCUGAGCAACUGCACCAUGGUGCUGGAGGGAAGUGGUCUCAUCCAUGGGCAGAUAGCAGAGGACCUCGGGACUCUGAUGUCUGGAGACACCGUCCACAUGCGAGUGGACCUCUACCCCAGCAAGGCUGGGCCCCGCCAGCUCCAGGUCCUGAUCAGCAGCAGUGAGGUCAAGGAGAUCAAGGGCUACAAGGACAUCUUCGUGGCUGCAGCUGGAGCUUCCUGAGCCAGGUCCUGCCUUCCUGGUGCUCCUCAGGUCUCCUUGCUCCUUUCUCUUCCACCUCUGACCUGCUCCACCUCUAUCCUGGGAGUAGGUGAAAAAGCAAUGGAGAUGUCUUCAUCGCUGGUGCUGUGACUCCUAUGCUGACCAGACACUUACUGCCAUCGGUCUGUCUUCUUGGCCUAGCUGCCAGUUGUGUGGCUGGACCCUUCCUGCUCCUCGGGCCCCUCUCUGCUUCCUGAAGGGCCUCCACUGCAAGAUAAGCCUCUGGAGCCCUCCAUGGCCUCUCUGGAAUGAAGGAUCCAGGCCUCUCCCCUUGCACUGUCUCAGCAAGCCCAGGAGAAGGGAGCCCUGAGCAGGAUGCCAAAUGCUGUGCCUGCUGCCCAGCAGGGCUUCUGUCUGCUCACCUGGGAGACCCAGCAUGGCGGAGCAGCCCCUUCUUUUUGGGUCUUCCUCCUGCAGACAGGACCCCAGGUCCCCUCAGUGCAGGCCCCAGGAGGCCUGGGAAGGACUUCUCAGGAGUGCUGUGCCCUUCCUUCUCACCUGCACUCCCUAAUCUUUCACUCUCUCCCUGACACCCAAACUCUCCUCAGCUUCUUGUAUGUUGUUAUUUUCAGGACAGAGCGAUCCACUCUUCUGUGUUGUUUUCCUUAUGGUUAUCAAAAUCAUUCCUGCUCAUUCUUGAUAAUUUGGAAAGAACAAGAAGUUUUCCCAGAGGAAAUCUCUGCUUCUUCUUUUUUUUUUUUUUUUUUUUUUGGGUUGAACCUAGGGACCUAGGGAGUGCGGAGUUAUACCUCAGCCCUUAAAAAAAAUUUUUUUUUUUUCAGUUUCAAGGCAAGGUCUUUCUAAGUUGCCCGA